ACACAAUGCAGCAUUUCCCUCGCGAGUCGCGAGAGCUGCGCGAGUCUCGUCCAUGGCUGUUCGCCCAACAAAGACUACGACAUUCAGUGUGACGACACCUCUGAGCUGGUGAAGGUCUCAGACUUCAAGAAACGCUGCAAGGAGCUCUAUGAUGACAUUGUCGGCGAGCACGUGAGCCACAAAGGAACUCACGUGACUUACCCCAAGGAAGUCGUCGAAAUUUGCAACACAGAAUCACUGAUGGUAGGUCAUAAAAUUCUGUUGCAGAUUUCAUUUUCUUGUCUUUCAGCCAGCGGAUGGACUGGACCAGUACAUCAAAAGGAAGAAACCGACCCUCAAAAACACCAAACUUCAGUGCAUCAACCAAGCCGAUGUUCAAAAGGAAUACUUUGACAAGAAAGGCCUUGUUUACCACGGGCAUGGGGAGGCCAUUACCUCUUCAAACACCACCACUGGAGGUGAAACAUCCUCCAGCACUUCCGUGGCGACAGUCGACCAUGGAGAAGUCGUUCUUUCUGUUUUUGUCUACCAUCCACUAAAGGUUUGAUCAAGGAGAGGGCUCCUGCCUAAUUACAAACUUAAGAGAUAGAAAAACUUCAUCAAUAUUAUUAUUUGUAGAGAAGUAGACGGCUUGCUUCACUACAUCUAUAUACUGCCUCAAAUUUCAUAGGCCAAAGGUUUCACGCAUGACUCUAAAACUGUUCUCCCUCAACAAUUUCCCACUCUGACAUGUGAGUAAGGAGUUUUUUCCCUGUUUCUCUUCCAAAGAAACGUCAAGAGACAAGGAUGUUUGUGCUGGGUUGCCAGCUCCUCACGGAGAUCCGUGACAAAGUUACGUGUUUUAGAGAUUUCAUCGUAGACAGGGACUUCAGCAAGGACCCAGACGAGUUUGAUCACACACCUCUAAUGACAGGGGCUGCCCCCAAUCCCUCGGUUUCCGCCUUCUUCUUCAUCAAUAACACCUUCUAUAAUGACUGUCGCCAUCCCUCUAGUGUUGGCCUCAGCUCACCAAUCAUUGAGUGGAGCCAACAGACGGACCUGGACGAGUCACCUCGUCUGGACCGCUUCCACAAGGCAGACAUGGCAACUACCAGACUGGACCAACUGUCUCUGCGACUGGGCUACCCCUACCUCUUCUGCCAUCACAACACUUGCCAGCACAUUGUCAUCUUCACAGAUCUCAGGUUACUCCACCCGACAGAGAGUCAGCUGGUCUCAGACUAUCCCAAGAUCUUCCCCAUAAACUCCGGGAAGAGAAAACUCUGUCAGGUCUGCAAUCUCUUCUCUCCUCGCUGGGUCACGCUGGAAGAUGAACUCGCCCCCGAGAGCCCCUGUCUUUUCUGCAGUGAUUGCUUCAAGAAACUCCACUACUCGGCCGAGGGGAGGAAAAUAUGUCGUUUCAAGGCCUACCCUUACAACCCUACCAUGUUGUUUUGACAUC